GACAUGUCAAGUUGUAAUUCUUAGGCCCUCAUUUUUAUCAAAAAAUAAAAUAAAAAUUAUAAUUGUCACGUCAUCAAAAUAGACAAAGUAAAUGGAGUAGAGGACAAUUUGAUUGACAUUUUAUAAUUCCAAGGGAUAUUUGUUUAUUUUCAAAUUUUAGGAUAUUUAUCGAAUUUUCAAAUUUUAGGGGUAUUUGGCAUUUCACACUAUGCUCUAGUUGACAAGUUGUCAAAAAAUUGAGCAAACCACUAAAUUAGUUAUGUCUCUAUAAUCGGCUCUCAAAUAGGUUUUGACUCUUUCAAUACCUCAAAUUAGUCUCUAUCAAAUAUUUUUCAAUGUGGUUCCUUUAUUGACAUCAUUGUCUAACAACAUAAAAUGAGUUGAUGAUAAAAGUUAUAGACAUAUUUAAGAGCGAGUUGCUACAACGAUCAAUUUAACGGUUUACUCUAAAAAAAAUGAUCGUUCAAAUUGCAAACCUUCAUUUAAAAUUAAAAUUUAUAAAAUUUACAAAUGAAAAUAAUUUAAAAACAAUGUAACGAGAAAAAAAAAAAAACUCCCUCGCCAUUGCAACAGUUGGCACCCAUUUCUUUCCUCGUCAAAUUUUUGUUCCCUCGCACAAAAUUAAAAUUACGAACCCUAAAAACUUCCGGUCCACUUUUUGUGACUCCUGCUGCAGGCAUUCCAACUCAAUGGCGAGCGAGAUUCCUUCGAAGAAAGCGCGAUUCGAGACAAUAUGAAGAAACAAAGGCAGUGUGAGAAUGAAAAUGGUGAAAUUAAAGGAAGUGAUGACAGACUAAGUGACUUGCCCGAUUGUGUUCUCCUUCACAUUUUCUCAUUUUUGAACACCAAACACGUUGUUCAAACUUGCAUUUUGUCCAAGAGAUGGAGACAUCUUUGGAAACGUAUUUCUACCCUUAUAUUGCAUUCUUCAAGUUUUACCACUAAGAAACGUUUUACCAUAUUUAUGUCUAAGAUUUUGACUCUUCGUGAUACCUCUAUUGCACUGCACGCUCUUGAUCUUGACCGUAGUGGUGAUAUUGAGCCUCUUGUAUUUAAAAAGAUUUUAAACUAUGUUUCCUCCCAUAAGACACAUCUUAAGGAAUUAGGAAUAUCUGUCGGUGGUGCUGAUAGUAGUCUCAUUAUGAGCUGCGUUUCUUCAUGUCAUGCUCUUACAUCUCUGAAGCUUUCAAUUUCCUCUAUGCGUAAUAUUCGUCGUAAUUUUGGAGAUGCAUUAUUUCCAAAAUCUUUGAAUUUGCCAGCACUGACUAGCUUAGAUCUAACUAAUUUUGUAUUUUGUGGUGGUGAAAGCGGUCAUGCUGAGCCCUUUUCCGCCUUUACCAAGUUGAUUAGUUUGGUCCUUCAUUGGUGGAAGCUAAGAGAUGCACAAAUCCUUAGUAUAUCAAAUGAGACAUUGGUUAAUUUAGCUAUGCAUAACUAUUCACAUGACAUUGCCAAAAUCGAGAUAUCUGCUAAAUGUCUUCGUACAUUUACUAUUACUGGUUAUGUUAUUUAUAAAAUAUGUGGGAGCAGUCUCUCUUCUGUUAAACAAGUAAAUAUCGAUGCACAAGAUUUUGAUAUUCCGAAUGAUUAUGGCUUGGUUCUAUUAAGUUGGCUGCAAGACCUUGCCAAUGUAGAAUCAUUGACAGUCACUUCAACUACACUUCAGAUUCUCUCCUUAGUUCCUGGUUUAUUGGAGGUUCAGCUCCCUUCUUUGUGUAACUUGAAGUCAUUGGAAGUAGAACUGAAACCAAUGAGUGAUAGUACUUUAUUAUAUUUUUUAAUUAAAGAGGCCAUGUUAGAGAAAGCUGCUGCCGGCAAGUCACGUAAAGAAGUUGCUAAGUUAAAAAAGGCAUUUAAAUGUUUGGAACCACCUGCUAUACCUGAUGGAAUAGUUGACUUUUUGAAACAAAACUCACAGUCAGCGAAAGUUAACAUCACAACAGAUUCCUCGACUUCUUUUAAUCUUAAGCAGAUUGUAGAAUCUAUAAAGGGUGCGAAGUAUAUCAAGUAUCCUUCACAAUUCACCGUGCCUGACUCCUCCUCUGUUGCACCUGCUUCGGCCUCUAGUUCUGCCGCUGUGCCUGCCACUGUUGCACCUCCAAAUCUUCAUCUCUGUUGUGCUGAAAAGAAUGAUGCCUCAUCAAAUGAAGAUAAGGUGGAGAUGCCCCAACCUUACACAAACUCCCCACUUCAAGAUAAUGGGGUUUGAAGAGUUCUCAUGUUGCUUUAUAAGUUGCAAUGUCUUCUUUGUUAAACUUUCUUUUGGAUAACAGAUACAUGGCUGGAAAAAAUAUCAGUUUGGCCGACUUUACCGAAACAUGUUUGAUUUGACAAGCAUUUGGACUCUUACAUAGCCUCUUCAUUUGAGGUCAAUAGAUUAAAAUAGAUUCAUCUAGCUGAUAGUCUUCAAUUUUUAAGCCAAAUUCUAAUAUAUUGAUUUAGUGAUCAUUUUGGAGUAUGUCUUUGUUACUAAAUUGUACUAGUAAAUAGUAAUGUACAAAUCCUAUACUCUGCCAUGGGGCCACUUCCGGCCAAUGUAUAUGGUGUCAUGCUGCAUAAUACCUGCAAUUUUAUAAGUAUGCUUGCAGUUGUCAAUGACUCUUGCAAAAUCCAGGAUCGCCUGAAUAGGACAAUAGGGUGUUGCAUGUCCUCAGGAAUUGAUUUGUUCGUCCACGUCUAAACAACAUGCCACCAUGAAAAUAGAUUGUCAGUUUCCACAAAAGGAUUUCUUCCAUGAAAGGACUAUGCAUCUCGAGAUUGAUUGUCAUCUUGUGAGGGAAAAGGUUCAACAAGGUCUUCUUAGGUUACUACCCAUUUCAAGUCAACAGCAACUUGUAGACUUCGUCACAAAGGCCUUCUCCUAAGUUUAACACCUCAUUUCCUAAGUUUACCACCCUUGAGCUAGAGGGAGGAUGUUAAAAUGCAAGCUUAUGCUAUUACUUGCUGCACAAGUUACUGUGUUGACAGUAGCUCUUUCUCUUGUUUUCUGUUAUAGUCACCUUGUAACUACCUCUUGGUCUUGGUAGAUGAUAGAAUACAUGCUAGUGUAGGUUAAUUGUAGUGUACUCCAUCUCUUUUAUAAGAGGAAAGAUUGUAACUAACUUCUUUUCCUAUGUGAACAAUAAUGGAUUCACACAUAUUCAUCUCUUUUUCUCUCAA